AUCAUAUGUUUAUUUGCAGAUUUGUACUUGUAGGUACGAAUAUAGAUGGGCGGAUGGUGUGCAAAUAAAGAAACCUAUUGAAGUCUCAGCGCCAAAGUAUGUUGAGUACCUGAUGGAGUGGAUUGAAGUUCAGCUCGACGAUGAAUCUAUUUUCCCUCAAAAGCUCGGAACACCUUUUCCUGCAAACUUCAAAGACGUCGUGAAGACAAUAUUCAAGCGGUUGUUCCGUGUUUACGCACACAUUUAUCACUCUCAUUUCCAGAAGAUUGUGAGCCUCAAGGAAGAAGCACAUCUCAACACCUGCUUCAAGCAUUUCAUUCUUUUCACUUAUGAGUUUGGGUUGAUCGACAAGAAGGAAAUCGCCCCGCUGUAGGAGCUGAUUGAGUCCAUCGUUCUAUAAGUUUGUUGCUAAUCUAAAGCACUUAAAUGAUCUUUCAGGUAAUCAAUCUUAUUUCACUGCUAAGUU